AUGGCGGCUCCGGGCGAGCGAGAGGCGGGCGGCGGCGCUGAGGAGGCGUUUCUCACCUUCUACACGGAGGUAAAGCAAAUCGAAAAGCGAGAUUCUGUUUUAACUUCAAAAAAUCAGAUUGAAAGGCUUACCAGGCCUGGGUCCUCCUAUUUUAAUCUGAAUCCCUUUGAGGUACUACAGUUGGAUCCUGAAGUCACUGAUGAAGAAAUAAAGAAAAGAUUCCGUCAGUUAUCCAUAUUGGUCCAUCCUGACAAAAACCAAGAUGAUCCUGACAGAGCACAAAAAGCUUUUGAAGCUGUCGACAAAGCAUACAAGCUAUUGUUGGACCAGGAGCAAAAGAAGAGAGCCUUGGAUGUGAUACAGGCUGGAAAAGAAUAUGUGGAGCACAUUGUAAGUAUCGCACAUGGCAGCCAGCCUGUGAUCCAAGGGGAGAGGUGUGAACUACAGCAGUUGGCAUCUGUCUGUGUAUUGCUUAGACUGAAAAUUAUAUAUGUUUAAAUUAUUCCAAA